AUGGCAUGAGUGGGUUUGUUAGCACAGAACGCAUGAGCCGUUUGUGUUGUCGGAAGUGACGUCGGAUAUUCGGUUGCCCAGGUGCCGAGAAGCGGUGGUAGACAUGGCUGGGGAGGAGGUGAUAUCGGCUCCGGUGGAGUCCUCAGGUGGAGCAGAAAAGAACGUUACAGCAGUGGAUCUCACAGGACAGGGUCUUCAGAAACUGACCGCCAUAUUACCCUGUGGAGCCGACACGCAAACGUUGAUUUUAGACAAGAACCAGAUAAUCAAAUUGGAACACUUGGAAAAAUGCAAAAACCUAACCCAGUUGUCUGUGGCCAACAAUCGCCUUGUUCGGAUGAUGGGUGUUUCAAAAUUAAUCCAUCUUCGAGUUCUGAAUCUGCCUCAUAACAGCAUUGGAUAUGUAGAAGGGCUGAAAAACUUGGUGCACUUGGCGUGGCUUAACCUUGCGGGGAACAAUUUAAAGGUUAUCGAUCAGAUAAACAGCUGUACGUCACUUCAACACUUGGAUUUGUCAGAUAAUAAUAUAUCCCAGAUUGGUGAUCUCACAAAGCUGAUAUACUUAAGGACUCUACUGCUGCAUGGCAAUAACAUCACUUCGUUACGAACAGCACCAACCUGCCUCCCAAAGUGUCUCACCAUAUUGUCCUUGGCAGAAAAUGAAAUCGGAGACCUCUGUGAAGUUUCAUUCCUUUCAGGUCUUACUGACUUGGAACAGUUGUCAAUCAUGAACAAUCCCUGUGUGAUGGCCACUCCUUCAAUACCUGGCUUUGACUACAGACCCUACAUUGUUAGUUGGUGUUUGAACCUCAGAGUUCUAGAUGGAUACGUAGUUUCUCAAAAAGAAAGUCUGAAAGCUGAAUGGCUUUAUAGUCAAGGUAAAGGGAGAUUGUACAGGCCAGGCCAACAUGUACCCCUUACUUCAUACCUGGCUUCUGUGUGUCCUUUGACAUCAGCAAAUGGCCUGCAAACUGAGGAAGAUGCAAAACUAGAGAAAAUAUUAAGCAAACAAAGAUUGCACCAGAGACAGUUAAGCCUGAAUCCUAAUGAAUUUUGCAAUGAAAGUCAUCUCUCCUUUACACCAAAUACAAGAUCAUUUUCCUUUUCUGAGCCACGGACUUCAACCCCACCUCUCCAGCGAUCGAACGAUUGUGAGCCUACUGUGAAAGUUAACAACUGGCUUGGCACAAGUGGCAGUGAAGAUUAUUCUUCAAGAAACCUUCCCUUUAGUCCUGCUCAUUCUGGCACCCCAAACUAUAAUAGGCUUUAUUUAGAAGAUAUCCAGACAGAUGAAGACAAAUUAAAUUGCAGCCUUCUUUCCUCUGAAUCGACUUUUAUGCCUGUUGCGCCAGGUUUAUCCCCGGUAUCUCCCACAGUAGAAAGAGUACCAGGCUUGUCAAAUGAUGCAGGUGCCAAUGAAACUGUGUUGGAAUUUAAUAGAAAAAAAACAGAGAGGUUCUCCACAAGUUCGUACGAGGAACAGGUAGAAUCUGAAGUGGAAAGUAAAAACUAUCCCAGUAAUCAAACCGUGAUGUUAAAUGAGAAUGUAAAAGCAAGCCUCACUGAUAAUGUGACAUCUUCUUCUGAUGUAAAGCCAAAAAGCGAUGACUCUUAUUGCAGCAAUGGAGAAAAUAGCCAAGUAUUUUGUCUCCAGAACACUAAUGCCGAUAAGCUAAACUGUAUGAACAAAGCCGCUACAAAACUUCAGUCACUCUGGAGGGGCUUCUACGCAAGGAAAAACAAUCCCAAAAUCAAGGAAGUAUACUAUGAAAUCAGACUAAGCAGAAUGCAUGAGUAUAUCGUCUUCUUAAGUGAAGAAGUCAUAAGGUUGAAGAAAGAGAAAGAUGAGGAGAAAAUGGAACGACUUGUACAAGCAGAAGCUGUGAAAUAUUUAUGGGAACAGGUCCGGUCCCUUAAAGAAUGGCAGAACAAAGUAAAUGCUCAGAUUGAGGGCUUCGGUAUGUUUGAGCGACCAUUGUCCAGUUUCCAAGACUGCUCAUCUGAAGUACUAGAGCAUCAUUCAGAUUCUGCUGCAACGCUUGCUGGAAAGGAUAAUAGAAAAACCUCCCCUGACAUCCCAGACUCUGGUUUUCAUUCCAUUAAUGUAGAGCAUGACUUUCAUCAGGAAAAAAGUUCAACUGAGGGCAGUGUAUCUACUGAGCAAUCCCUGGAGACAGUGAGACCUUGCCAUCAGAAAGAACCUAACUGCCCAGUGGACCAAGAUUCAGCUGUUGAAGUGCACAAUGAAAGCAGCAAGGAUAAUUCCAACAGUGAGCACGACAGCAGCCUUCUGCAGCAGUAUUUGGACACGGUAGAAGAAUUGGAGCAAGCAGAUAACAUGAAUCACAGUGAUGUAACUGAAGAAAGUAAACCUGAAAUCACCAACAGUUCAUUUAGCUCUGAUUUCCAUGUUGGCAGCAUCUCCGAUGUGUGUGAAGAUGGCAAGUCUGACGUCCUUCAGAUCAAUGAUGAUACUUUUCAGUCAUCAGACAAAGCACAAAGCUUGCAGAAGCAAUCCAAUAUUUUCAUACACGAGCCGCAAGGAGACUUGACACCCUAACAGAGAAUACUAUUUUGUUGUCUCCUCUUUAAACACUCCAUGAUGUAAUCAAUAAAUUGCCUUUAUUUUGGUAAGGUUGUGAUAAAUAUACAUUUAUAACUAC